AUGCGAGCUCGUUAUAAAGGUCCAGCCGGUACCGGUAUCCUCGAGAUACCCGAUGAUGCCACUGUUAAGUUGCUAUUUGAUGAACUGCGAGCCAAGACGGGAAUUACCACUUUUGGCAUAAAGUAUGGCCCUCCCAUGGCUAUGAAGACUCUCGAAGCUAGCCAAAGUGAUCAAAUUGCUCGAUCUCUUGGUCUUCACGGUGAGACACUCACUAUCGUACCCGAGGACGUACCACCUCCCGCACCUACUGCGCCGCUUCAAACUGGCACUACCCGUCAAGCAAUGACAUCUCGAGCGGCAAAGCGGAAUGAGAGCCCAGAGGAUGUCAACGUUCCGUGGCCAGAACAGGGUGGAACUCUACCUUUUGGUGGUGCCCUGCAAGAUCAGAUUCCCGCUCAACGGCUGAGAAGGAUGAUGGCUGACUACAUCGUUGAACAUCCCGAAGAUUACUCAGAAGCUGUCCUCGGUAGUCCUCCCAGCCAAUAUUGCCGCAGUAUUCAAAACCCUGAUCGGUGGGGAGGCGGGAUUGAACUGAGCAUCUUGUCUUCCAUCUUCGAUAUCCAGAUCUGCACGUUUGAUGUCCAGGCCCAAAACCUAAUCAACUUCGGAGAGGACAAGAGAGAUCGCUGUAUUCUUGUCUAUUCAGGAAUUCACUAUGACCGAGUUGCCUUUAGCCUGUCUGACUACCCACAUGACUCGCCUACUUACCCUCCUGAGAUGGAUCGAACUGUUUGGCCGACUGAUGACGACGAGAUACUCGAAAAGACCAGAGAGCUCGUCGAGAAGCUCAACAAGGCGCACUAUUACACUGAUACGGAAGGACUACUUCUACGAUGUGACGUACCGGGAUGUAACUGGAUAGGAAGCGGCCAGCGUGAGGGACAGAAGCAUGCAGAACUCACAGGACACGUGGCUCUGAGUGAAAUCCAAGACGAAGGUGACAACGUGCUCCGGAAGUGUGACACGCCUGGAUGUGAUUUCAUCGGCCAAGGCGACAAGGUUAUGAGGCAGCAUAGUGCAGAUACUGCUCAUGAGAGGUUCUCCAUUAUUCCGGACUGGCAUUUCAAGUAG